AUUUGCUCUAAAUCCGAAAAAAAGACAAAAACAGAUCUUAUAGAGCUUGCCUUGAGUGAAAAUGGCGAAGAACCAAAAACAAGCAGAAGGACCGCCACGAGCUAUGAAGGAGAAGCGAAUUGUGCGCGAUGAAGAGCGUGGCCACUGGAAUUCCAAAACUGAGUUUAUUUUGACGCUCGUCGGAUACGCUAUUGGUAUUGGAAAUGUGUGGCGAUUUCCAUAUUUGUGCUACCGAAGCGGCGGUGCUGCGUUUUUAAUACCCUAUAUACUGAUGGUAAUUUUUGCCGGAGUUCCCUUAUUUUACAUGGAGAUCUUGAUAGGACAAUUCUCAAGCACCGGAUGCACUGGAAUGUGGCGACUAGUGCCCCUAUUCAAAGGUGCGGGAAUUGCCCAAAUAAUCGUGAAUUCAUACUGCAUGUGCUACUACUCGGUAAUCAUUUCAUAUCCCAUCCGAAUGAUGUCCUAUUGUUUCUUUGCCAAAGUGCCAUGGAUAAGCUGCGACAACUCCUGGAAUACAGAAGCCUGUGUCGUAGCCGAACACAUAUCUUCAGGUGGUAAUAGUUCGGAUAUUAUAGUCACAUCCUCCGAUGAGUUUUUUCACCUGGAAAUCCUUCGCAUCUCCUCAAGCAUAUCCGAUAUAGGCGGCAUAGUUUGGGAGCAGUUGGUUGCUCUAAUAGUCGUCUGGAUAAUCGUUUACUUUUGUGUAAUGGGCGGUGUAAAGUCAGUUGGCAAGGUCGUCUAUUUUACGGCGCCCUUCCCAUACAUCUUGCUGUUUAUCCUUUUCUUGCGAGGAGUCACGCUGCCAGGAGCCUGGUCGGGCAUCAAGUACUUUGUGUACCCGGAGUGGAAAUACCUGCUGGAUCUCAAGGUCUGGGCCGAUGCCUCCAUACAGAUGUUCUUUGGCUUGGGACCCGGCUGGGGUGGUCUCAUAAACAUGGCCAGCUUCAAUAACUUUCGCAAUAACGCCAAGUUGGACACAUAUUUGGUGAUUUCUAUCAAUGUAUUCACCAGUUUCUUUGCGGGAUUGGUGGUAUUUUCGGUUCUCGGCUUUCUCUCUGAAAAGUCGGGAGUACCCGUUGAAAAUGUCGCCACUGGAGGUGCUGGCUUGGCGUUCAUAGCCUAUCCAGAAGCCCUGGCAUUAAUGCCGAUUCCUCAGCUCUGGGCCCUCAUGUUCUUCUUUAUGCUCUUCCUGCUGGGUGUCAGCACUGUGUUUGUGAUAUUGGAGUCAUUUGUAUCCUCUAUCCUGGACGAGUGGAUGUGGGCAAGGAACUACAAAUGGCAACUGACUCUCUGUACUUGCAUAACAUUCUUAGCUCUUUCCUCCGUAAUGUGCACAAAUGCUGGAAUGUUUAUCCUUCAAUUGUUAGACUGGUACUCUUCAGCUAUUGCCGUUAUAUGCAUUUGUUUGGUGGAGAUUAUUAUGGUAUCCUGGAUAUAUGGCACCAAGAACUUUAUGAUGGACGUUGAGUUUAUGUUGGGAAAACGACCCAGCCUGUAUUGGCAGAUCCUGUGGCAAUGGAUAACUCCUAUCGUCAUAAUUUUUAUAUUAAUUAUGAGCAUUGCCUUCAUUCGAACCAUCACGUAUAAUGAUAUUCCUUAUCCUUCGUGGGCGAUUAUUCUUGGUUGGUGCAGCUUUGUAUCAUCUGUGAUGUUUAUACCCCUCUACAUUAUCAACAUUAUGAUUCAAAAACGUGCCACAUUCAAGGAAAGUAUGCAAAAGCGUCUCAAGCCCCUGGACUGGACUCCGGGCGAUCCAAAAGAUAGAGAGGAGUACAGUGCCUUCAGAAGACAGCGACGAAUGCCGGACUUUAUGUCCGAAACCGAUGUAGAAUCUAGCCGAUAGGAUUUCUUGAAUCUUUUUCAAUCGAAAUAUUUAUUAUUAUUAUUACCGUACACUUAUUUUUC